GCGCGGGCGGCGCGGUGGUCCCGCGUGCUGGCAGCAUGUCUGCCGUGCGCUGGGGCCGCGGCGCGGCGGGGUUCGGGAGGGCCCUGUGGCCGGCGGGCGCCCCCGGCCUCCUGGCCGAGGAAGGGGGCCUUGGUGGCGUCUGGGGCCGUAAGAGGAGCUCGACUGCCAGCCCUUGUGAGCAGGACCGCCGGAAGGACUGGGGCCAUGCCGAGCUGCUGGAGGGUGAGCCUGACCCCCGAGGUCUGGGGCCUGAAGCCCCUUCCUCACUGUCCCCCCCGUCGGCAGCGCUGCUGGGAGCCGCCUCCCUGGUUCCCCACAGUGACCCCGUGCUCAAGGCGCGGGUGCGGCAGCUGCAGGCCGAGGGCGUGGCAGAGGUGACGGUGAAGAGGGUGGCCAAGAGGGUGGCCGUGGCUCGAGCCCCGGAGGCUGGCGGCGCCCAGCCACCCAGGCAGGCCCAGGCAGGGGCCGAGGGGGCCGCCCCCAUGCUCAGCAGCCGCUGGGCGCAGAAACUGGACGACGAUCAGCGGCUGAUGGAGAGGCGCAAGCAGCGGCUGGAGGGGAAGCUGCAGAAGCACGUGGAGAAGGUGGCCUGGCAAAAGCAGCUGCGCUCGGAGCCCCGGCUGCUUAGCAGGAAGCUGGCGAGCCAGCUGCAGCACUGGGAGCAGGGGGCGCCCCGGAGCCCGUGGGAGGAGCAGCUGGCGCAGCUGCUGCAGGAGGCCCCGCAGGGGCGGAGCGGCGAGGCGGCGGCGGCCCCGGCGGACAGAGGCCCCGAGUCGCGGCUGGAGGGCCAGCGGCAGAGGCUCCUGUCCUUCUUUGAGUGCUGCCUGCUCACGGGCAACCUGCCCCUGGCCCACCACGUGCUGGUCACCCACCACAGCAAGUCCCAGCAGCAGCGGCUGCUCACACUCUCCAUGUACAACAUGGUCAUGCUCGGCUGGGCUCGCCAGGGCUCCUUCAAAGAGCUGAUGUACGUGUUCUUCAUGCUGAAAGAUGCCGGCCUCGCCCCGGACCUGCGGUCCUACGCGGCUGCCCUGCAGUGCAUGGGGCGCCUGGACCAGGAUGCUGGCACCAUCCGAAGGUGCCUGAAGCAGAUGGCGCAGGACGGGCUACAGCUGCAGGGGCUCUUCACGGCUGUGCCGCUGAGCGCCGAGGAGCGGGCUGAGCUCCUGCGGGCUGUGCGCAAGGCCAAGCCCGCCUUCACCCCCCCGCGGCCGCCCGUGCCCCCGCCCCAGGUCAACACCUCGCCGCUGCUCCGGGAGAUCUACGCCAAGCAGGACCCCACUGUGUCCUACCCGAGGCUGCACUUGUCCCUGAAGGAGCUGCAGGGCCUCUUCCGACAGCAGCUUCGCGUGGAGAUGGCCACCACUGUCACCGUGGAGUCCGUGGAGAAGGUUCCACUGCUGACCAAGGAGGUCCUGCAUGCGCGGAAGACCCUGGCAGGCUUGCGCACCCGAUGGAGGACGGCGCUGUACCGGGAGCUGCAAGAGACCAAGGAGAGCGAGGCCCACGCUGCUCGAGAAGGCCGCCUCUCACUCUUCCCGUACCUGUGCCUGCUCAGCGAGAAGGAGAUUGUGGGGAUGCUGCUGCAGACCCUGCAGGCGCUGCCCGCGCAAGGAGAGUCACUUCUCUUCCUGGCGCACGAGCUGGGUCUGCGUGUCUUCAAGAGGAAGCAGCUCAGAAACGAGGUGCAGGAACUGGAGCAGCGCUACUCCAAGUACCUGCACCUGCUGGCCUCCGACACCCAGGUGGCGGAGCCAUGCCUGCCACGGCAGCAUUGGGAGGCACUGGGGGUGCCUGAGGCCCCCCACGAGCAGCCCUGGCCCAUGUCAGUGGUGGUGCAGCUGGGAAAGCAGCUGGCGGAGGUGCUGGUGCGGGCCGCGCAGAUGCCCAGCAGCCUGGCAGCGCCCCGGAGCCCAGGCACGCUCAUCCCUGUGCUCUACCACGUGUACUCCUUCCGCAGCUUCCGCCAGAUCGGGAUCCUGAAGCCUCACCCGGCCUUCACGCAGCUGCUGGAGACGGCGGCAGAGCGCACACUGACCUUUGAGUCGACGGACGUGCCCAUGCUGUGCCCACCGCUGCCCUGGACGUCGCCCCACUCGGGUGCCUUCCUGCUGAGCCCCACCAAGAUGAUGCGCUCUGUGGAGGGCAGCCAGCAGCACCAGCUCCUGCUGGAGCGCUGCCCGCCUGCCGAGCUGCACGGUGCCCUGGAUGCCCUCACCCAGCUGGGCAACUGCGCCUGGCGGGUCAACGGGCGCAUACUGGACCUGGUGCUGGAGCUCUUCACUGACAAGGGCUGCCCUCGCCUGGGUGUGCCCGCCCCGCCCUCCGAGGCCCCCCGGCCACCCGAGGGCCGUCAGGCUCCCAAGGGCUGCUUGCUGCCCGAGGUCUCGCCUGCCGAAAAGGCUGAGAUGCGGCGGGAGCUGGCCCGGCGCCUGAAGGUGGCACGGGAGAUGCAGAGCCUGCGCGCCGAUGCACUGUACCGCCUGUCGCUGGCCCAGCACCUGCGGCACCGCGUCUUUUGGCUGCCGCACAACAUGGACUUCCGCGGCCGGACCUAUCCCUGCUCACCGCAUUUCAACCACCUGGGCAGUGACCUGGCCCGCGCACUGCUGGAGUUCGCCCAGGGCCGCCCACUCGGCCCCCACGGCCUCAACUGGCUCAAGAUACACCUGGUCAACCUCACAGGGCUCAAGAAGCGCGAGUCGCUGCAGGCACGCCGGGACUAUGCGGACGAGCUGAUGGAGGACAUCCUAGACUCGGCGGACCGGCCCAUGACGGGCCGCAAGUGGUGGAUGGAGGCAGACGAGCCCUGGCAAGCCUUGGCCUGCUGCAUGGAGGUCGCCCAGGCGGUGCGUGCCCCCGACCCCACCGCCUAUGUCUCCCACUUCCCGGUUCACCAGGGAGCACCCCGUGAGCCGAGCUGGGGAAGCCUGGAGCUCGCCUUGCCCCGCCCCUCGCUCCCUGCUCCUCACCCUCCACCCGUCGCCCAGGAUGGCUCCUGUAACGGCCUGCAGCACUACGCCGCCCUGGGCCGGGACAGCGUGGGGGCCGCCUCCGUCAACCUGUUGCCCUUGGACCUGCCGCAGGACGUGUACAGUGAGGUGGCUGCACAGGUGGAGGUGUUCCGCAGGCAGGACGCCGAACAGGGUGUGCGGGUGGCCCAGGUGCUGGAGGGUUUCAUCAGCCGCAAGGUGGUCAAGCAGACGGUGAUGACCGUCGUGUACGGGGUCACCCGCUACGGGGGCCGCCUGCAGAUCGAGAAGCGCCUCCGGGAGAUCCACGACUUCCCCCAGGACUUCGUGUGGGAGGCUUCUCACUACCUCGUGCGCCAGGUGUUCAACAGCCUGCAGGAGAUGUUCUCGGGCACCCGGUCCAUCCAGCGCUGGCUGACCGAGAGCGCCCGGCUCAUCUCCCACACGGGCUCGGCCGUGGAGUGGGUCACGCCCCUGGGCAUCCCAGUCAUCCAGCCCUACCACCGUGACUCCAAGGUCAUGAUCAAAGGCGGGCUCCAGAGCCUCACCUUCAGCAGCAGCGUGGACACCAGCCAGAAGCCCAAUACGCUGAAGCAGAAGAACGGCUUCCCGCCCAACUUCAUCCACUCGCUGGACUCCUCGCACAUGAUGCUCACGGCCCUGCACUGCUACAGGAAGGGCCUGACCUUCGUCUCGGUGCACGACUGCUUCUGGACCCACGCCGCUGACGUUGCGGUCAUGAACCAGGUCUGCCGUGAGCAGUUCGUCCGUCUGCACAGCCAGCCCAUUCUCCACAACCUGUCCAGGUUCCUGAUCAAGCGGUUCUGCUCUGACCCCAGGACCUCCAAGAGCAUCUGGGUCUCCAGGCUGAUGGACACGCUGCUGUCUGUGCCCAAGGCAGGGACCUUCAACCUGGAGCAGGUGAAGCACUCCACGUACUUCUUCAGCUGACGGCCAGUGCUGCCUCCCUGUACUUUAGUGUGAAUAAAGGGUCUGUCACCA